GUGCCAGCAGCCACGUGUAUUUAUUCAAAUAAUUUAUUAAUUUUACCAAUCCAAUUAAUUAUAAUUAUUAUACAUAAAUUAAUUAUUGAUCAAUCAUUAUUUUACUUUUAAAGUAUCAAUGAAGGAAAUAUAGAAACAAAAUGAAGUAUCAAGGCUUGCUAUUGAUAGUUAGUGUGGCGUGGUGUUCAGCUCAGCUCAGCGAUGACAUGCAGAUGUUUGACCCGGAAUGCAUGACGGAAGACAAGUUCCCCUGCAUGGGUGGAGGAUGUAUUUCAGUGUCACAGUACUGCGAUGGAAAAUUGGACUGUGAUGAUGGCAGCGACGAGAAUUUUUGCAUCGAACACAAGCCGUUCCAGGAGUUUUGUAACGAGACCCAUCAGUACAUGUGUCGGGACUCCACGAAGUGUGUUCCUCUAUCCUGGCUGUGCAACAAUGAGCCGGACUGCGAUGAUGGCAGCGAUGAGUUCAACUGCACCGCACUGCCGCCUGCAAACGUUAAUUCAACCUGCAAAGGCUUCCAAUGUGGAGACGGCAAGUGCAUCUCCUUCCUGUGGGUGUGUGACGGCGUGUACGACUGUGAAGAUAAAAGCGAUGAGUAUGCUGAGGAACUCUGCAGGCACGUGUCCCGUCCCCACGCGAUCGUCGACGGUUCAUACUGUCAGGAAUUGCACACAAUGGACGACCGUAACUACAAGUGUCUGGACGCCUCCUUCUGCCUGCCCAGCAGUAUGAUGUGCGACGGACUUCAGGAUUGUCGCGAUGGCAGCGAUGAGGGACCAUUUUGCAAAAACUGGAACACAAUGUGCGACAACUUCAAAUGCAUGGGAAACGACACGAUAUGUUCGCCGGAGAGGUUUGGAGCCUCCUGCCUCUGCCUGCCCUCCCACUUCAUGCGGCAAUAUGAUUAUAUCACCAAACAGUGCCAGGAUGUCAACGAGUGCCUCAUGGAACACCCACCCUGCUCCCAUAAAUGCAUUAACGCCGAUGGCCAUUAUAUUUGUGAAUGCGAUCCUGGAUACAAACGGGAUGUGUAUGGAUAUCUUUGUUAUGCUACUGGUCCCGAAGCGAUGCUGUUCUUCAAUACUCGAAACGAUAUCAGAUACUUGAAGAUCAAGACUAAAGAAAUGGUCACAGUGGCUACUGACAUCAAAGAGGGUCAUGGCGUAUCAUUCGAUGGGACUUACAUUUAUUGGGUGGAGACAGCACAGGGACAUCAGUCCAUCUUCAAAGCACAACUCGGAGACGUCAAGGAUACAAAGGAGGUACUGGUAGGUCUCGGUCUGGAGGACCCUGGCGAUAUAGCAGUGGACUACUUGGGCGGGAACAUAUACUUCAGUGAUGCGGAGCGAGGAAUCAUCUCCGCUUGUAGGGUCGACGGCUCCAUCUGCACCACCAUCAAGACUCAUUCUAACAACCCACGAUUUGUCACUCUUGAUCCUAAAAAUGGUAAGAUGUACUGGGCAGAUUGGCACGAGCGUCCAGUGAUAAUGUCAGCUCGGAUGGACGGCAGCCGACACGAUGAGCUGGUGGACAACUUGGAGAACUUCGCCACCGGCCUGGCCGUGGACGCGCCCAACGGGAGACUGUACUUCGUUGACAAAACUAUCAAAGUCGUCAUGAUUGCGGAGAAACAUGUUUAUUCUUUAUUUGAAGAGCCCUUCCACCAUCCGUACUCCAUCUCCGUGUUCGAGAACACUGUGUUCUGGAGUGACUGGACCUCCAACAGUAUACAGACGACUGACAAAGUGCACGGGACCGCGCAGAAGAGGAAUGUUCUACUCAAACUUGAUACGCCUGUACUAGGCAUGCAUAUGUACCAUCCAGUGCUGAUGAACACGACAUCGAACCCGUGCAGCAACAACAACUGCUCGCACCUCUGCUUCGUCACCUCCAACGCCACCCACGUCUGCGCCUGCCCCGAUGGCAUGGAGAUAGAGAAUAAUCAGUGCCAUCACGUAGGCAACUACCGCGCCAAGUACCUGGUGGUGGGAAGUGGGCAGCUGUUCACAAAGAUCCAGUACAACGCGCUCGGCAACCCGGAGUGUCACGCCACGCACUUCGACAUCGGACGCGUGCAGGCCAUGGCGUACGAUCGGUAUAGAGAUUCACUAUUCAUAUACGACGGCCAGCGACGGACCAUCAACUACAUAAACAUGAGUGACUUCACUCUCGGCGUCACGCACUUGUUGAUCUACAACGGACUGGAGAACGUCGUCGACAUGGAUUAUGAUUACGUGACAGAUAACCUGUACGUGCUGGAUGCAAGUCGUCGUGUCGUUGAAGCUGUGUCUCUGAGGACUCAGAAGCGCGCUAUAGUACAUCGAUUCGACAUUCAAGAACUGCCUGUUAGCUUCUGUAUUCUUUCGGACUACGGGCGAAUGUUGGUGGCCGUGGUGGAGAGUGAGAUGCACAACACCAUUCAUAUCGACAGCAUCGGGCUCGACGGGAACCAACGGAGACAUGUCAUCAUGAACAAUUUGAAAGGUCCUCAUAUUCGAUUGCGGUACGUGCCAGAAACGGAGCAGGUGUUCAUAUCCGACGAGAGCAACGGCAUCAUCGAUUUCAUACAUCCUGAAGGUACCGGGCGAGAGAACUAUCGGGAGCUGACCUCGACGGUGACCAGCCUCGCCAUAGCAGACAACUACGUCUUCUGGACAGACCGAAAGACCCCCAGACUCUUCUGGUCUGACAUACACGAGGCCUCGCCGAAGAUAAGGAGGAUUGAUCUGGCACUCUUCCCAAACACUACGCAACUCCUGAUCCAAGCAACGAACUCGCUCCCUGAUCCAAAAGACCCUCUUCUGAACCAUCCCUGUCUGAAGAAUCCUUGUUCUGACGUCUGUGUCCAACUUCCCCAUGACACUCCAGAAGAUCACCCGAAACUAGCAAACUUCGAGAUGAAGUACAAGUGCUUGUGCCCUCCUGGGUUGUUGGUGAAUGGUAACCAGUGCGCCAAGCCUGCGACGUGUGGUGCGGAUGAGGUACUGUGCCAUAGGAGUAAUAUUUGUGUGAAGCAAGAUGCCAGGUGUGAUGGAAAGGCAGAUUGUCCGAAGAAUGAAGACGAGGAAGGUUGUAUAGUGGAUCCGGCAAACAUAUGUUCAUCAGACGAAAUAUUCUGUCACGGCUUGUGCAUAAACAGGGACAAAGCCACGACGUGUUCUACCGGGGAAAAAACUAAUAAAGCACUACCUUCGAACAACUGCAGCAGCACAGAAUUCCAGUGCACGGACACCUCAAUCUGCAUCUCUCGGUCGCAGGUCUGUGACCAACACAUCGACUGUCCUAACGGAUCGGAUGAGCAGCUCUUAGAGUGCGACAUCUACUCUUGUCAUGAAACUGAGUUCAUGUGUGCGUCCGGCUCAUGUAUAGUGAAAACGUGGACAUGUGAUGGAGACCGUGACUGUAAUGAUGGAUCUGAUGAAAUCAACUGCGUGAACAUGACUUGCGGCCUGGGCUUCUACCAGUGCAGAGACAGGGAGUGUGUGGAGUUAUCGAAGAGGUGUGACGGACGUCGGGAUUGCUCGGAUUACUCCGACGAAGAGGACUGUGAUGAGCCUCAAAUUGUCGAGACGACUGAAGAAGCCCCGAAAUGUGCUGCGUGGGAAUAUACUUGUGAAAAAAAUACUAGCAUUUGCUUGCCUGAAACCGCUCGAUGCAAUAUGAAGACGGACUGCCCGGGUGGCACGGACGAGCACGGUUGCGACCACCGCUGCGCCCCGAAGGGAAUGUUUGCGUGUGGCCAACAGGUCACUUGUAUCACAAUGAACAAGGUCUGCAACGGACGACUGGAUUGUGAUGAUGGAUCCGAUGAGACGCCUGAUGCUUGUUCUCAGGUGAACAGGACCUCUCACCUGUUCCCAGUAGCCCGGACAUUCACUGAAUGUACUGAGGGUUACAGGUGUAACAACGGACAGUGCAUCGAGUGGUCACAGUUGUGUGACAAGAAGAGGGACUGCAUCGAUGGGACAGAUGAAAAUGGACUCUGCGGAGAUCUUCAUCAAACGUUCUUCUUAACAUUCUCCUUAGAUACUGCAUGCGCAAACAGCACCUGUACGUUCAUGUGUCAGCCGACCCCAUUCGGACGUCGCUGUCUGUGCCCCUUUGGCUUCCAAAUUUCCAAGGAUCAGUUCUCGUGCGAGGACAUCGACGAGUGCACUGAAGAUGUCUGCUCCCAAGGGUGUAUCAACGUGCCAGGGUCCUUCCUGUGCUGGUGCCAUCAUGGUUAUGCCAUCAGGAGGACAGACCGUCGCUCCUGCAAGGCGAUCCGCGGGAACAUGUCUAUCUUGUACGUGUCGGGUAACACCGUGCGGUCUAUCUCAGCAGACGGGUACGGCGCUGUCGAGUAUACCGAUACUAAUGCCUCGGCCAUCACUGAUAUGGAUUAUAAUGUUAGACAGAAGAAGCUGUACGUGACGUCGGAAGCGGGUGGCAAGUUGUUAGAAGUGAAUGAGACGCAGAAUGUGAUCGCUGUUACGAACGUUGGGAAACCAUCGCGGGUGGCAGUGGACUGGGUGACGGGCAACGUAUACUUCGUGGACACGACGCCAUUUGACCAGCGCAUACGAGUCUGUCAUGUCAAGAGGAAGCGUUGCGCUUCCCUGCUGAAACUGCCUUCUGAUGCCACGGUGACAGCGUUGAUAGUAGAGCCCAGUUCCAGCCGCAUGUUCUACUGCGUCACUCGGAAGCUGGAGUCGGUGAUCUGGACAGCGAACCUGGCUGGCAGACACGUGACGGACCUGGCUACUGUACGGAACUGCACCGGCCUGGCCGCAGACUCCUUCAAGAAGAAGCUGUACGUCGCAGAGACGGGCCCAGCGCAUAUUAUUAGGAUGGAUUAUGAGGGAGAGAAUUUCAACAAAAUCCUCUCAGAUCACCCACGUCUGCAAGCACCGCAUGGACUAGAAAUAUUCGAAGACUACAUCUACUACUUGGAAGCCAACUCCUUCCGCCUCAGCCGCUGCCAGUUAUAUGGGGCCAAACAUUGUGAAACUUAUGUGUACCGUGUGUUUGACGCCAACACAUUUGUCAUACGCCACGAGAGCAUCCAACGCGAUGACAUAGUCAACGAAUGUGAAGAUGUCGUUUGUGACAACAUUUGCGCCGUGGACGAAGAUGGGCCCAAAUGUUUGUGUGACGAUGGAGCCUUGGCCAAGAGUGGGAAGUGUCCUGUGGUUGAUAAGAAAUUGGUACCUUUAUUCAACGGCUGGUCGUACGGGGAGCUGGCGUCAGCUCACAGCAUCUCCUUCACCGUCAUCUUGGGAGUACUGACCCUGAUUGCCAUCUACCUCUGCGUCUUCGUAUACUACCAUUGCAUAUACAUACCCAGGAAGAGAAUGUUAGCUUCUGCUUACACUGAAGUUCGGUUCCAGAACACUCAAAAUACGUCCUAUCCUGAAUCAGACCCGGUAGUGGAGAUGCAUCCCUCAAGUUCGGUUUCCCACGAGUUCAUAAACCCUCUUCAGUUCGUAAGAAACAUGUGGUAUGGGCCCUUUAGGAAAGAUAGACGACCAAAUAAUAUCUCCGGUCUACCAGUCACCACGCCCGCGUCCCCGCCGCAACCAGAUUUCUCCGAUACAGAAUCAGACAUAGACGAUAAAGAGAGCCAGAGAAUAUUAAAAUAUCAUUAAUUUUAUUCAAUGAGCCUACAACAUAAUUUUAAUUUUUAAUCUGUAGCACGUUAUUUUUUAUUUACUUGAUUAAUGAUCAAG